AUGGCGAAGGUGCUAGAAUGUUGCACUAAAAAGACAAGAAAUCAUAUAAGCAAUUUAGAAGAAGACGAAGCACUUUUAUCCAAAAUCUUAGAGCAGUUUGCUGUUCAAAAAUCUGGUGCACAAGAAACUACAUUUUAUAUGGCAAAAUGUAUGGGGGAUGUGGGUCCCAAUCUAAAUAUUAUAAAGCAAAUUAUCCUCACAAGCAAGGAAAGGUCGCAAAAAAUGGAUCCAUUGACAUUGAGAGAUAGAGGCUGUUCUCGAAGUGGUAAGAAGUUAGUUGAACAAUUUGCCCAAAGCCAAGAAGCUCCAGGAGAUACUUCCUCCUCCACGCUAAAAUGCCUUCUCCAUGAAAAUUUUCUAGUCUAUAUAGAACUCUUUCCUCGAGACGUUAUCAUUCUUAGAGACCAAGCCAAACUUAUCAUCGAACAUGCUCAUGUCUGCAUUGAAGAAACUAAAAACGACGCGAUAAUUCUAGAACAUGCUAGCCAAAGUUUCAAAAAGAUGCAAGACAUUCAGUUUCCGUAUUGCCUAGAAAAUUGGAAUAACAAAUGAUGCCGGAGAAAUCCAGAAAGAUACGGUUGCAAAAAAAAAAUCACCUGGACAUCUUAGAGUGUGACACAGCUACCAUUUUAAAUAAAAGUUACAGACAGAAGCGCCGCUAGUAUCGGUUUCAUGGUUUUUCAGAAAAAAAAAAAAUUGGCGCGUAAAAAAAUCUAGUAGGAUGAUGUACUUAAACCAAUAAAGGCAAUAAAACUGCCAGAAAAAACAGAGAGACAGGAAAUAAUAAAGCAUUGCGUCGAAGAGACCAGCGUAUCCCUGAGGCGUAGUAUUAAAGGCCCGUAAUGACGAUUUUCGAGAUGAUCUUUUACUGAAACAAUACACAGAAAAAGGGUUUCGUACGAAAGCAGAUGAAAACAAACGCGACGAAUUCGGAGUGAGUCUGACGCAACAUUUCAGUGCUGAAAAAGCUGAGAGGGUUAUUGAAAAAUGCGCUAUGAAUAAGGAUGAUCCUCUUAAGAAUUCUUUCGAGGGAUUUAAGUGCUUUUACAGUGAAGUAACCAAAGUCUCAAAGCUGCUCUAAAUAAAUAAUUUGGCGCCAUAUCUACUUGCUCUGCUACCGAUUGAAUUAAUUCGCAGUGUUGUCACCUAGUAACCAUUGUAACGGUAAAGUAAAAAUGGCCAUACCUGGGGUAGUAUUUUCGAAUAUUCUCACAUGCGAAAUUGGAUAAGAUUUCGAAUGCUUCCCAUUUAAUUCACAUUGUUGUCAAUCAAAUUUCGUGUACGAAAUGUACUCGAAUGAAUUCGAAAAUACGACCCUUGGAAACCCAUGAAAGCUUCCAAUUAUAAAAACGGUUCUGGCAACACUGGUAUUUUUAUGCUACUUUUUGAGGGGGAUUGGACGCCGGCGUGACGUAGUUUCAGUCUGGGUCGGGUUCAGCUAGACGAGACUAGAGUGAAGUCAAUAUAUUUUUUUUUGUGAGGUUUUUGUACGAGUGUACGUUAUUUGGCUCUGAGAAUAAUUGCGAUUUCGAUUGAGGUUCACGGAAGAAGAAAGGAGCUGUGAAAGAGCAGACGCAGCUCGAAGGACAAUAAGCCAUAAUCAGUCAGGAACUGCUUAAUUGAGAGGCAAAUAACUUGAAUCAGAUGCAUAUGCACAAAUAAA